AUAAGUGAAGUCAUCUUUAAUAAUUAAGUAUCGCAUUCGGACAGAGACGAUCCUUCCUUACUGUGGUAAACAUUAAGGUUGAGAACACGUGUCGCUGCUGCACCAUUACUGAUUCAACCAUGGCACCCAAAACAAAAUCAAAAACAUCCAACUGGAUGGCAUUAAAAAAAUCCAACGAAACAGCGUUUAAGAAAAAAGCCAGAGCCUACUUCGUGAAAAUGCAGGCAUUAAAGAGUGCACAAAAAAAGAGAGCUGAAGAAGCAGAAACAAAAAAAAGAGGAGUCAUCUUCCUGUCAAAUAUUCCACAUGGAUUCUUCGAAAAAGGAAUGUCGAGAUACUUCAGACAGUUUGGACGGGUUACGAGGAUUAGGCUUGCACGUAGUAAAAAGACAGGUGAAAGUUGUGGCUAUGGCUAUGUGGAGUUCAAAUAUAGACAAGUUGCACAAAUUGUGGCCUCAGUUAUGGAUGGCUACCUUACAUUUGGGAAGAUAAUGAAAUGUCAGUGUGUUCCUCCUCGUGCUGUAUCCCAAAAUCUCUUCAAGGAUCAAUACAUAAGACCAAACAACUGUCCCAAACUUCUAAAAAGAAGGAGGGCUAUUAAUCAGCUCAAUAAGAGCCGCACUCGAGAAGAGAAAGAGAAAAGGGCAAAGAAGCUUACUAUGAUAUACAAGAAGAAACUGCUGACACUGAAGAAGUUGGGGAUUGAACUGGACCUUAACAAGCUGAAUAUGGAAGAGAAAAGCUGUUCACUAAAGCAAAAGAAAAAGGCAGAAGAUAUAAAUGAAAAAAGUAUUGAUGAUGAAGAUGGUGCACUGGAUAAGUCUUGUGGUGAUGACAGUCAACAUUCACCACAAAAAAUGAUAAUAGAAGUUGAUGAGAGCGAUGAGGAAAUACAGAUCAAAACUCCUCCCAAUGCUGUCAAGAAAUAUGUGAAGAUGACUUCUUCGUCCCCAAGUGAUAAACCUAAGCAAUUGUCUUCCAAGAAAAAUACUCAAAAGAAAAAGAAAAUUGCUGCUAAGAGACCAUUACUUAAGAAACUCCCACAAGAAGAGGAGAAAGCAACAGAAGAAACAGCAAGUUGUAAUGAAGAUAGUAUUCCAGAGAACAAGGUUUCUUCCACUCUUACAUCCAAACAAACUAAAGAGGCACCUGGUGUUAGGAAAAGGAAAGCAUCAUUAAAGAACACCCAAAAUUGUAAGGAAAACAUUACAGAAGCUCCUGUAACAACAGUUCCUCUACCUAAGAAGACAAAGAAUAUUAAAGGUAAAUUAUCUACUUCCGAUGCUGACAUUUCACUUACCAAGACUACUACUGGAAAGAGAAAGCAGGGCAACAAUCACUCAACGCCAAAAAAUCUUAUAAAGAAAUUAAAAGUUAUGCCAUCUGUAACAAAAUCAGAUUGUGUCAAUGAAACCUUAUCUGCUGAAAGAACAGCCAUUCCAGAAAAAAUCACAUCAAUGGAAGGAGAUACAUCCAUAAAUGUCAAGUCAUUGACAAACACAUCUCCUGUGGAAGAAGCACUAAUACAAACAACAGAGAAAGGACAGACAUGCUUAACUUCCAAGAAGGCCAAAACUCCUAAGAAAAGCAAGACUCCAAAGAAAUCUUUGUCCCCAAAAAUAAAACAAAACCCAGAUUCUACUGACACACCCAAAAAGAAAAACAUAAUAAAGGUCAAUGGUGAAGAACAGGUACCAGUAACUCCCAAGAAAGUAAAAACACUUAAAAGGAAAACACCUAAAAGCACCACUUCAUUCAAAAUAACAGAAGGUUCAGAUCAAUCUGGAACACCAAAAAAGAUCAGCGUUAUGCAAGUAAAUGUUGCCCAAACUCCAAGUUUUACAGUUUUCCAAAAAGAUAAUAAAGUAGUUGGUAAGUCAAAGAAGAUAAAAUGUGUAACACCUGCUGUGCAAAACAAGACAACUAGGAAAAUAAAAGCAAAGGUAGCCAAGUCUGUCUAGCUUGUUUGUACAUUAUAGAUUUGUAAGGAUGGUGUUGAUUUAAAUUAAAAAUGUGCUUUUGGGUAAUUUCUUCUUUUGUAAUUGUUUUCCCUGGUGAUCUGAAAUAUUUUACCCCCACUUCGUUUAUCAUAUUUCGUAUAUGUCCAUCUGUAUGGACAGUCUCAUUCAAGAUUCUUUGAACACUGUUGGAGACAGCUGGCAACUCAAGGCCGUUUGUUCACUGUAGUACUUAGUAAAAAUUAUGAAUGAAUGUAAAAUUUGAUUGG